CUCUGGGGCAGCGAGGGGGCCGAGCCUGGCGGGAGAGGCCGCGGGACAGGCCGCCCCGCCCCCGCAGCGCGCUUUAAGAGCCCCGGCGGCGCCCAGAACCGCGGACGGGCGAGACGUGAAAAGAUCAAGAGGUGACAGUCAAGAUUGGACGAGGAAGAGGACAAACACAGCGUUGCUUAAAAGUUGGUGAGAAGCAGUUGCAUCACUUGCCUCCUGACAGCCUUUUACAACAAGACUGCUUUAUCUUGUGUGCCCGUCUUCUGCCAGAUCUGCAUGAGUGAGAAGCACUGAAGGAGUGAACUGAAUCCGUGCAGCCAUACUGUUUGAGAAAGACAGAAGACAGUUUGAACCAUGGCAAGCCAGGCGUUUUCCCCAGAGGCUGCUUUCCCUCAUGGGAGGCGGAGGGAGAAAUGGGACCCCAGGCUUCUUUCAAGGGCAAGGACUUGAUGGCGAAAAAAAGAGAAUGUCUCCAGGCAUACAGCUGGUGGAGGACACCACAGAAGAAACGGAAGAAAAAGAACAAAAUAAAACCAGGAAGAAUAGAGUUUGUCCCUAGUAGUACUAAUACGACCAGACCAGAUUAUUCAAUAUUUGUUGGGGAGCUUACUCCAGAAGUGGAUGAUUUCCAGCUUUAUGACUAUUUCCUAAAGAGGUACCCCUCAUGUAUUGACUGCAAAAUAGCAACAGACCUGCUGGGAUAUUCCAGAGGGUAUGCCUUUGUCAGAUUUGGUGAGCAAGGUGAUCAGAUGAGGGCACUGCAAGACUGCCAGAAUGCACCAGGUCUGGGGGGAAAACGAAUCCGGCUGAGCAUAGGAAUUUCUAAAAGACUGAAAGCAGAAUUCCAGCGGUACCAGUCAUACAACUAUAACGAUUAUUACCAAGAUUAUCAGAACUACUACUCACAGUGGAAUUAUGAUCCUUAUGCUGACUACAACUACAGCUCCUAUACUCCCUAUGAUAGCAUGCAAGCUGUCGGAGAAUGCUCUUUAGGAGAUGCUGUUAUGGCUCCAGCUGUGUUUGAGGAAGCUUCAGCUAUGACUGAAAUCAACGAUGACCUAAUAACUGAAGAUCCACAGCUGUACUUGGAUGUUGAUGAAAUGAACAGACAAUUCAUGGAGACAAGUGAAGAACUCUAUGAUGCCCUCAUGAAUUGUCACUGGCAACCUCUGGAUACGGUCACUUCUGACAUCCCCUCUGCUAUUUAAGUGUCUUAUAUAGCAUGACCGUUAUGACCAAGGUGCUAAAACUACAUUUCUUCUACAUUACUCUAGAUCAUAAGUUUUAAAGCACAACGAUAGAUUGGUGUUUUUUUUGCUAUGCUUUUGACAGUUUCUGUAAUCUUUUUUUUUUGUUUGUUUGUUCAUCACUUGGAGCAUCUUGAAAUCAUGUAAAUAUUCUAGAAAUGUAAAGAGUUCAAUGGGGUCUAAAGAUAGACUUGCCUGUGUAAAUAAAAUUUUGUUUCUGCAAACCUGCCAGCAAGGGAUUUUACUUACAUGUGUGAAACACAUUCUCUUCUGGCUUGUUGAAUUUAGCUGGAGGCAUAGGGGUAUUUCACCUGUCUUUGGUAUGGGCAGCAGGACUAGCAAGAACUAGCUCUCACAUACUUCCAAGUUACCUAGGCAAUCUUUUACAAGCUCUUAACACACUUUACAGUUUUAACAUACAGAAGGGCAAACUUUCAGCUGCCAUAGCUGCAAACAUUCCAAAGACUAAGGAUGAUACCUACUGAUAAUUCUAUUUCUGCCAUUCUUGUUAGUCUUAACUGAUGCUGUACAGCAAAGAAACUGGUGUAACAUAAUAUGUGUUCUUAAACCUGAAAAUCCUUGGAGAAGACUUUGGUUUAAAGGUGGAAGAAUAACCCAUCAGGAAUUAUAGUAUCUUAGCUAGUAACAACUCUUCAACUAAGUUGCAUCCUAUCCUAAGUAUCUGUUACUUGUUCAGUCUUCAUGCUCGGAGGUUUCAUAGUGAUGAGGUUAUAAAUCUUAGUAGGAUGACAGUGUCCAGUAUUCAAAGGAGAUUAGGGGAGAUGGCAAUGAAGAAUGUUCUGCUUUAAGACAGCAACUUCUGAGUGGCUUCCUCUAAACUUAUUAUCUGGAAGGGUAUAAAGUGUUUUCCAGCCAUAGGGAAAACUUAAGCUCCUGUGUAUGCAAAAGUAUUUACUGCUUAAUGUAUGCAAUAAAAUAAAUUUAGGCUGAAAACAGAAGAGUACUCUUCGAAGAGAAAAAGGUAGAAAUCAUCAGAUAGCUAAUAGCCAUGAAAGCUACUAAAGCUAGUCAAGUAGGUAAUGAUACCUCCUUUAGGGUACUGCCAUGUGUGUCUUGGGAGCAGUCUAAACCAGAAGUGCUAGAAUGGCAGAUAGGAAUGAAGUCCUCUGGCUUUUUUUUUUUUAAAUGACUUAAUUACAUUAAAGUGGUCACAACCUCUAUGCUGUUUUUAAAUGUGAAACUAAUUCUGCAUUGCAGAGUGAUGACUUGGCACAGGAAGUCCCUUCUAGCUGCUCACCAGAAUCUCCAUAUUUUCUCUUCGCAGUUUAAUUUCAGCUAAAUUUCUUUUUCAAAGUUCUGUCCAUGAAAUGCAAAUGCUCUAAACUAGAAAAGGGUUUUAGAGUGCUAUAGGAAGUUCAUUCUUCCUGGAUUUUGUCCAGAUGUGUAUGUAGAGAGAAAACAAAAAAAAUCAUUUAUACAGGGAGUGUACUAUCACAGUUUUAGCAACUGUUUCCCUGGUUUGAAGAGAACUAGUUAUGUUGUGGCUGUAAAGUGGGCUUUCUUAGGUGAAGGCUUCCCUUGUGUGAACUGGUCAGUUCUUGGGGGAUGAUAGUAGGGAGAUUAUUGAUGGGAAUGUGACAGAAAGUGGAAUAAAUGAAGCAAAGAGAAUCUGGAUGGGAAAGGGAGUACUUAUUUGUGUGCAUAUGUAGAAUUGUUUCAGGGGACUGCAGAAGCAGGGGGGGCCUUAAGAUAGUAGAUGCAGGCCCCUUGAAUUUGGAUACGAGCGUUAAAGCUUCACAACUACGCUGGAUUUGAUGCCACUUCAGUUGUAGUGCAUAGCUGUGGUACUUGAGCUUGGUACUAAAAAGAUGUUGCAAAGCAAAGGAUUUCUUAUCUAGCAAGCACUAUCAUCACAAGCAACAAGACAGCUUCCAGGGCUGUGCCUGGGUUAUAUCCUGCUUUGAAGUGCAUAUCCUGCUUUGCAUAGCAUUACAUAACACCAUACUGAAGUUGCAGCAAGUAAUUUGUGGAAACUUUUUGUUGUGUUUCCAGUUAAAAAUGUGAUGCUAAAGAUGUAUGUUGGCUUGGCAGAACUACUAUGGAGUGUAUCUGCUGAUUUUUAGUAUUUGGGAGGUUGACCUGUGUGUGAACUAUGUAAUGAGGGGCCCAUGUAGUGGUGUGAUUUCAUGUAGCAGCAUAUAAACCUCAAAGUCAGUCUGCAGCCACCACAUUUAUGCAGAUUUUACAUGUUAACAAGGUCUUUAUGCUUUGCAUUAGAGACAGUUUUCAGAUGUGCAUGCACCUUCUGUUCUGGCAUGUAAAGUAUCCAUAUAGGGAAAAUACUGUUAUGAAAUGUACUGAAAGAGGUUGUUUGGGCCAUUAGUUCUGCACACUUGAGAAAUGUUGGGGAACAUAUUUUCUUCCAGUCAACAUACAAGAAGAGAAAGGGAGUCUGCUGGUUGCAGCCCAUGUAAUACCUGUUCUAAAGUAGCUCUCUGACUUUGUUUUCUGUCUCCCAAGCUUUACUAGCCUAUCCUGCUUUCCAGUUAGGAGUGCAUAUACGGGAUCAAGCAUGUGUAGAGCACGUUCUUUACUGUAAAGGCAUACUGAAAAAACUUUUUCUGCAUGGGUGUAAGCCCAAAUUCAGGAAAAAGUGAGCACAUUGGAACUGUUGGAGUGCAUUGCUGAGACUUUUAAGUGAGGAAACUUACAGCUCUGGUACUGCCUGCAUUAGCUAGCUUACAUGAAGACCUGAAUGUGUACAUAAUACAGAUGCCUGAUAUCAGUUCUACAAAGAUCUGAUUGCAGUAGAAACAUUUUAAAAAAAAUAUUGGAAGCAGUGUUUUCAACACCACACUAUUUCACUUUGUCCAGUUGUGUUUUGUCUGUUUUACCUAGCUGAAAUGUUGUGGUUUUUUUUUUUUUUUUAAAAAAAGUCUGAUGAAGGUUUUUUUUUUUGGAAGGAUAUUUAGUGUUGGUUUUAUAAACUCUUUAUUGUACCUAGCUGUGAUAGAUAGUGCCUUUACCUAAAACCUGCUAAUUUCUUGAAGAAGAGUAAUGUUUUUGUUUUCUAUCACUUCUCUGAACAGAAAAGCUUUAGUACCAUGGUUUGAGGGGCUAUUGAUCCUGCAGCCAGUGAACAGGGAGAAAAACAGGCUAAAAGAAACGCGAAGAUUAUUUAAAAGGCUACAAAAAGGUUAAAUGGUACUUAAGCCGUGAAUGUUUCUUUUUGCAGGGAUGCUCUUGGACCAACAGCUUCUUUCUAGCGCUACCUCAAAUUAACUUGCAGAUAUAACUCACAGGGAAGAUUGAUCAUAAGGUGAUGAUCACUAUCAUUCUGCUGGAGAUAUAUAUAUAUUUGCCUUUUGUUUUGUCUCAUUUUUAAUGACAUUUAUUUAAUUUCAGUGACUCAUGUCAGUAGACUUUGACUACAUCGACAAGUAUUUCUGAGUCAUGAGUUUCAUUAAAGGCAUGUCACCAUA